GGCUGCCGUGGAUCGCACGAUGCUGGACGAGGCAAUCGAGUUUCCUCUUGGCCCACUGAGUAAUCUACGAGGAGAAAAUUAUAACUAAAAUAGUACAGCACAACUGGGAGCUGCGCGUGCCUAUAUAGACCCUAUAUAUACGGUCUCUUGUUGUGUGUGUGUGAUCCAACAAGUGUGUAAAUCUCAGCAUAGGCAACUAUUAAGUGUUUAGCUAACUCAAUUCUCUUUCAAUUACCCACGGCCUGUUCCCAUCUGACGGGGAUUAAUUCCUUUGACGGCGACGCGACAGCAGCAGCGCGACACAAGCUAGUGUGGAUGAGCAUUUCCGACACGAUGUAGUAUAGUCUGGGGAGAGCGGAUCCCGGUGCAGUGUUUUUGCACGGCGCAGUGAAAUAGUGAUUAGGAGGGGAAAUUGCAUGCGGCGUCCCCGUUGGCCAUAUAUAACUCGGUAUAUUAUCAUCCUCUCGGUAAAAACAGCGAUCGUGUUUGCGGAUGAGCGGAUUUAUGGUGGAUCGAGCUGCAGGAGGAAGUGGAGUGAAAGGAUUUAUUGUCAUCUGAUGGCAGCGGAAGUGAUGAUACCGUGCAUGGAUGUCUGUCAUUUAUUGUUCUCUGCCAAUACGCUUAAUCUAUCCGGGAAUUCGGCAUUGAAUGUCCUGUGUUUUGCCGGGUUCAGCAUGAUCUUGCUGGGAUCUGUGCCGCGCACCAGUAGCCAGUCACAUUGUCGAGAAACCAUUGGCUGCUAUGAAUGCAAGAGCACGGCCGACCGGGACUGCCGUGACCCCUUCAACUCGUCACUCGGCCUGUUCCCCCUGGAACCGUGUAAGGGAUGCUGUAUAAAGAUCAUCCAGCACCGGUCCACAGGCAAGUACGAACAAGAAAGUAUUUGGCGCACCUGCACGGCCAAACUGGAUAUCAGCCACUCCCUGGUACACAGUGACGUGUGUAUGGAUGAAUCGAACGGCCGUGGCCAGUUGUGCAUAUGCAGUACGGACCGCUGCAACACGGCAUCCCCCUCCACAUUGCGCCACGAAUCUCCACUGAUCUAUUCUCUCUGUGCCUUGCUUUUCCCUACGUUGUUGCCUGUCAUACUGUUCCACCGGGCACCUUUAUGAAUUAUUCAUCCUGCUGCUUCUGUGCAGGAAGAUGAUUGUAAAGUAGAGAGUGUAUAUGUCCUUAUAACUCACUGUCUGACGUCAUAAUGGAACCUUGUGCCGCUCAAGAAAAUCCUUUUCAUUUUACCUCGGUUAUUCAAUAGCUGUACUCACCAGCCGCGAACUGUAUCUUGCUGCCGGCACUUGAUGAGUAAAAACCAAUAAUUGCGGUGACUGUCAAUGCAAAUAAAUGCAAAAGCCUUA